GUAUGUGUGCUUGUAUUUUUCUUUAGUUUUAUUGCGACACAAUAAACGGAAAUGGCGUGUGCUCUUCUGUUCUGCGUCCCCUACUAGUACGUUCUCGCUCAGGACGCAGGAGGAAGUGAGUCCCUCGUCUUAUGUGCGGGGUCACGAGCGCUCAGGCAGGUGGAGCUCGCGCCAGUGAAGCGGGGAGACCGAACUUCGCACACGGCUGCAGCGACCGUGCAGAUGCCGAUGAAGAGGAGAGGCCAUGCGUGUCUGCUAGCCUGCAGCAUGGGCUCCUUGGUCUUGUUGAUGAUGGUGCUGUACGGCCCCCUCGGCCCCCAGCCAGGCAGCUCCAGCCUCCGACAGGACUACCAGCUGCGGGGCAGACCCCUGUACAAGCUGGACCUGGGCUGGCCCAGGAACCCGGAGCUCUUCACCGGGGACGUGUUCGCAGUGGCAGUCGACCAGCAUGCCGGUGUGGUGUAUGUGGCACAGAGAGGUGACAAUGUGCCCAAGGUGCUUUUGUUCACCACAGAGGGAGAUUUCCUCAUGUCCUGGAACACCACCACCCUGGAGAUGCCUCAUGGAAUAUUUUUAGCAGAUGCAGCCUCGUCAAACCCUACUGUGUGGAUCACAGAUGUGGGGAAUGGCCCGUAUGGCCACUGCAUCAAGCAGUACACUCCAUCUGGGAAGCUCCUUCAGGUGCUUGGGACACCAGGGAAGGCAGGCUCAACGUUAAAUCCUCUGCAGUUUGACCAGCCAGCUGAGAUCUUCAUCCACAGCUCCGGGGAAAUGUACAUAGUGGAUGGUGAUGGUGGAAUGAAUAACCGCCUCAUCAAGCUUUCAAAAGAUCUGGAGGUGUUGUGGAUGCACGGGGAGAAAGGACGAGGCCUGGCUCAGUUCUACAUCCCCCACAGUGUGACUGUGGACAAUGCCCUGAGGGUGUGGGUGGCCGACCGGGGCAACAAGAGGAUCCAGGUCUUUAACUCCAACACUGGGGACUGGCUUGGGACAUGGGGGAGCUGUUUCACCAAGGAUGCACCUUACUCCGUACGCCUGACCCCAGACAGGAAGUACUUUGUGGUUGUCCAGCUCAACACCAAUCAGAUUUCGCUGCUGGAUGCACCACCGGUGGGUUUAAUUGGCCAGUGCAAAGUGGUCAGUGUGAUCCAGCUGGCUGACGAAGUGAAGCCCCACUUGGUAGACUUGGACUUAAAGACUGGGGCUCUGUAUGUGGCUGAGAUUGGAGCUCAGCAGGCUCAGAAAUUCACCCCCUUCAGUCUGGAGUUUCCUGUAGAGCUGCACUUGGCUUAACUAAAGAAGUGAAAUGGCAUAAUUAUUUAUUUAACUGCAGCAAUCAUAAGAAUGAUCAUUUAUUUAAAGAUGGGCUAAAAAUUUUCACAUAUAUUAUAAUGUAAUUUGCAGGAAGGUGAACCAGAAAAAAGAACGAACCACAAAACAAUGGUUUUUUUUAUUAUUAUGGUAAAGCCUGUUAACAGAGAACAUAUCUUGGGUGAAGAUGUGUAUGGUAUCACCUGGAUCACAUAAUGAUCCAUCCAUCCAUUAUACUGAUUAUGCUUUGAAAGUCACAGGGGGGCUCCCAGCUGACUUUGGGCAAGAGGCGGGACACAACCUGAAAUUAAUGCUAGGCCAUCACAGGGCUGACAUGUAGAGACUAACAACCAUUUUCACUCAUAUUCAGCCCAGUUACUUGAAUGUUUUUGGACUGUGGGAGGAAGCUGAGUGGAAAACCCCACAAAGACACAGAGGGAACAUGCAAACCCCACACAGAAAAAGACCCUGAGCAGCAGGUUGAAAUCCAGAAGCUUCUUGUUUUGAGAUGACAGUGCUAACCACUGCACCACCCUGCAAACCUCAACAUAGAGAAAUACUGAGCACGCGCUCCACAACAAAAGACAAACCCCUUCUUACGUAUCUGCUUGUAGCCCAGAUAACAUGAUUAUUUUUUAAUCAUUAUGUUUAGGCAACUUUAGUUGAGUGUUUGGGUUAGACAGAUGAUUUUCUUUCCCAUUUUGAUUCAUUGACCAAAACCUGCGUCAUUCCUCAGUGUUGUAAAAAGCUAAAUCGUAACUUCACACGACAGACUGCAAACUCUGCUGUCAGGUUUCAGAAUCCUGCAUUCAAAGAUAAACCUCAAAGACAUGAAUAAAUGAACCCAUCGCACAAUGUGGAGCUGUGUGAGGAGAAAAUAACAAAAGCAAAUUCUCGGACCAAUCAGCACACACUUAUUACUAAAGGACCAUGACAAGUGACAUGGAUGCUCUUGUUUAUGGGCUCCUAAUGCCUGCUAUAGUCCCAGUCACUAACCCAUCUGCAGUUUUCCGAAAGACUAUUAGAAAUAUAUUAGAAGUGUAUACAGUAAAUGUAAUUUCCUGAGACUUGCCUCCUGACUAAGCAUGUGCUGGUUGAAAACGUUGAUAAUAUUCAGUGUUUAGUACUACACUAGGACAUCAGCGACAGGAAAGUAUUUUUUUUUUACAGGAAAAUUAUUUAUUGUACAAUUCAGGAUUUCAGUCAUUACUUUUAGGGAAAUACUAGUUAGAAAGCAAACCAAACCUUUAAUAAGAAGAAUAUGCAGGUAAAGAAAAGCAGGUUUCUCCACAGUAGAAAAGGGCAUCAUGUUAUCUGUUAUUCUUAUAAACCAAAAGUUAUCAUUAAUUGCUACUGUAUUUUAAAAAUGGAACCAAUGGGUGAUGAUUUUGUCAUUGUUUUCUGUGGUUUUGUGAAGUUAUUUGCCAUUUUUAUUACUUUUCUUGAUGUUACACCGCUUGAAAGUAUCGGAGAGAUGUUUCCUUUCAUCACUGCAGACACUUUAAACCCUUUUGUGCUCUUUGCCAGUUCAGCCUUUUUAAAGGGCUCCCUGGAGUUGUCUUGUAAACAAAUAGAAUUGACUUUAUGUUCAGUGUAUCCUUGAGGUCUAAAGAAAUAUGUCUAGUACAUUUCUGUCCUCAUAAAAAACGUGCAUAUCCGAUAAUUAAGGUAUUUUAAUCCUGCAGUGUUUACAUCUACGUCCAGUUGUCUUCCUGCAGGAUUAUUUUCUCAUCGCGUUACCGCAAACCUGUUGAUCAGGAAUAGCGUGACACAUGAAAACUCCACAGGGAACCUUUGGGCCUAUGACUAUGGCUGUUUUUAAAGACAUUUGUAUGGUUCCACAUGUGUACAUGUGUACAUGUUUAAAUAUUCUAGAACUGAACUGUUCUGCCCCCUGUUUAAUUUGAGUUGUCUGGAAAUAUAAUUAAGCCCAACAGCACUUCCUAACACACCCAUAAAAAUAUGAUAUUACCAUUCUAGGUGUAUAACAUCCCCCCGGCUAUGGUGAUGUCAUAUGACUGUCUCGCUGUUUAUACCUGUGUUCUGAGAUGAUCGUUACUGUGAGAAACGUAUUCUGAUAAUUAAAGUGUUUCAUGUGUGAUUUAGCUGGAGAUUGCGUGUAGUAGGGAGUGAUUCAGGAUUCGUGGCGACUUGCUGCUGUUAGUUGGGCGGUGUCAGUGCCGGCUCUCUCUGCAGGGCAGUGGAAACACUUAUCUUUGGCGAACAACUCAUUGACUUUGACUUUCAGGCGCUGGUUUCCUGCUAAGAGUGUAAAUCUAAUCUAAAGUAAAUAUCCACAGACUUAAAGUUUCCAAUAAGGUGUAUAUAUAACAAUUCACAGGUUAAAGGGACACUCAACCAAUCUAACACAUCAAUUCAGUUUGGGAGUCAUGUCAAGUCAAGUAAAAAAAGCUGAGAAGAAUCUUAGCUCUCAACCUUAAAGACUACAAAUACACCUUUAAAGAGUAUUUGAUUUGUGUUACAUACACAUUUUUCUUGUGGACAUUUGAACUAUUAAAUAAAUGUGAGUGCGCUUUUGGGUUUUUUCAAAUUUCAUCUGUUAUAUUUCAAACCAGUUGAUGUGGGCAUUCAUUUGUUUCCACUGAGCUGUACUUGAAGGAUUUUACUGUUUGAAGAGAUUCAGCCAUCAAUGUAAUCGAUGGUUUUACCACCACUUCCUCAUGUGUCCCCAAAAUUCCAAACAUACAACUUAAUAAUCACAAGAGACCGUUUCUUCAUGAUGAAUUGAAUUGUCUUAAAAUAAAAUAAAAAUGUCCUUAAUUUUAA